AUGGAAAAUCAGAACAAUGUCACUGAAUUUGUCUUCUUGGGAUUGUGGAAGAAUAAGCAAAUAGAGCUGCUCUUCUGUUUCUUGUUCCUGCUCUGUUACUUGGCAAUCUUAAUGGGGAAUUUCAUCAUCUUGCUCACAAUCACCUGCAGCCAUCUAAUCAAAAAACCUAUGUACUACUUUCUCUGCCACCUUUCUAUCUUGGACCUCUUCUACACAUCCACUGUGGUUCCCCGACUAACCAGAGACUUAGCUGCAGAGAGAAAAAACAUCUCCUAUGGUAAUUGUAUGACCCAGCUCUUCACUGCCCACUUGCUGGCAGGUGUGGAAAUAUUCAUCUUGGUGUCCAUGGCUUUUGAUCGUUACAUUGCUAUCGUCAAGCCCCUGCACUACACGGUCAUCAUGAACCGACAGAGGUGCAACAUGCUGAUCAUGGUGGCCUGGGGUGUUGGUUUUUGGCACUCAAUUGCUCUACUGCUCAUGGUCCUCAAUUUACCUUUCUGUGGCCCUAAUCAGAUCAAUCACUACAUCUGUGAUGUGAAGCCUCUUUUGAAACUAGUCUGCAAAGAUAUCCACAUCGUUAGUAUCUUAACUGUUGUCAAUUCAGGAAUGGUGGUGGUUGUAGUUUUUCUUGUCCUUUUGGCUUCUUACAUGCUCAUACUGUACAAUCUUAGGACACACUCCUCUGCAGGGAGACGCAAAGCUCUCUCAACGUGUAGCUCUCACAUAAUGGUUGUAGGUUUGUUUUUUGUGCCCUGUAUCUAUACCUAUAUUCUUCCUGCUGGUAGUGAGAACAAGGACAAGGAAAUCUCUGUGUUUUACACUGUAAUUUCCCCCAUGCUGAAUCCUCUCAUCUAUACCCUGAGAAAUGUGGAGAUGAGAAUUGCCAUGCAAAAGUUAUGGUAUCAAAUGUCACAUUCAGAAUUAAAUUAA